CGUAACCACCCAGUGAGAUGUUGAAUCGAUCGAGGUUCGCCAUUGAUGAACCAUGUCACUCGAAUCACCUGGCCUACUACAAUGCACAAAGAGCACAUUCGACCAUGGAACUCUAUAACUUCCCCGCAAUCAGCGGUCAUUGUUCUAAGAUCAUAUGGAGUACCCCGCCAAUUAAUCACAUUAUACAAUGAACCAUGUCUAUGCCAUCUAUUCUGAUGUCAGAUAAAUCACCAUGACCUCAUGCGCGACAGCCCGCCACCUAUAUAAAGCCACACAGCGAACACAAUUCAUCGGAUCGAAACUGCCUGUGUCCUCGAGAUAAUGGUAUACUAUUACAACCACACAGCAAACGUUAUGACUUCAAAUAUCCCCCCAAACGUCACGACCCGAUCCCAGGAUCAAGCGCAGCAGCAGGGCCAGCAGAGCCAGCGCAGCCAGGGUCAACAACAGAGUGGAUUCCACAACCCCUACCGUCAGGGCCAGUCUACUGCGAUUCGCUCCACCGGUCCCAAUGAGCCUGAUGUAUCGGGCAAGUAUGAGCUGCAGCACGAUCAGCUGAGCCACCCAGACACCGACCAGCCUGAUGUUGCGGGCAAAUACCAUCUUGUUCACGACCAGUUGAGUCACCCUGACGAGUAAUGCUGGGCCGUCACGAAAACGAUAUGGCGUGUGAUGAUUCGAUGUUGACUAUUGGUGGUGUGUGAUACUGGUGAUCGUGGCAUGUUAUUCUGAUGUUACAUACCGACGCGGUGGUAUACUAUGUGGUAUUCCUCGGAGGCAUGUGGGAAUAGUCAUGACAUAAUUUUUUUUUGUAAUUUGAUAUUUGUCGUCUUCAAUAUUGAUGGAUGUGGCAUGCAUUCAGAUGUUGACUACCGAUGUGGAAGUUUGAUGUGUGGUAUGAUUGGUGGGAAAGUGCGUGUACAACGGAAUGCUUAAUGUUAAAUGAAAUCAAAUUCUGGAAGGCAGUGCUUGAGGACGGUCUACACAAACACGCUCAUCCGUAUCAGCAUAUCACCAGGAUGUUCAAGAAUAUAGAACGGAAGGCAGCUAUUGCAUGAAGCCCUAUGGAACAAAUAGAUUCCAACAUCAGUCAAUCAGAAUCACAAUAGAUUGCACAAACUUCGACAAUGGUGCGUAGUGAUAUAGUGGAGGUCUUGACAUCAUCUCAUGGUCGUUUGCGAUCGACUUUCCAACAUCGGAUGCUCGGGUUCACCGAAGCCAAAACAAUGCCAUUUCUACACAUGCAUGACGAAUAUCACGCCGUGGAGAUCAGAUAAUGGAUGUGGAAAUUUUUAUUCUCU